UAUAACCUAAUCGACCCUGGCUUGCCUCCGCCUCCUCUUGCCGCCGAUUAAACUGCCGCCAUCUGCUAGUGCCGCCCCCGCACACUCCGGUUCUCUGUGAAAAUGGCGACUCAGAUGAGCAAGAAGCGAAAGUUCGUCGCUGACGGCGUGUUCUACGCCGAGCUGAACGAGCUUUUGACGCGCGAGCUUGCUGAGGAUGGAUACUCCGGUGUCGAGGUCCGUGUCACUCCCGUUAGGACGGAGAUCAUCAUCCGUGCUACUCGCACUCAGAAUGUUCUCGGUGAGAAAGGAAGGAGGAUUAGGGAACUGACCUCAGUUGUCCAGAAAAGGUUCAAAUUUGAGGAGAACACCGUGGAAUUGUAUGCCGAGAAGGUGAACAACAGGGGUCUUUGUGCCAUUGCGCAGGCUGAAUCUCUGCGCUACAAGCUUCUUGGUGGCUUGGCUGUUAGAAGGUAAAACACAUUGAAUUAUUUGCAUUUAAUUCUCUCUUAAAUUUCUUUAAACACUAGCUAGUACAUGUUAGGUAGCUCACUCCAUUCAAUAUUGUAGAAUGUAAUAUUUCAAAAUAUUCUCUGUGCUUAUGUUGGAUAUUAAAUUCGUAUUAUGCUAUGUUUGGGAACUUGGAUUUGGAUUUGAAAUCCAAAUUUGGCUCAAAUCCCAUGUUUGGGAACCUUAAGAAUUUUGGAAUCUAUAUACCUCUCCUGUCAUUUGAAACAAGAAUUCAGAUUUUCGAAUUCAAAUGAAAUGUUUGUUCCCAUACAUUACCUGAUGUCAUUCACAAAGCAAAUUGAUUCCCAGUAUCAGUUCUGUGUCAGAUGAUGACUAAAACAACAUUUUCCCAUUCCAUGCUAGUAAACUGGAACUGUGUAAUGCAGAUUCGUAAUCAUGGCCAGGAAACAUUUUCACCUUAGUUCAAUCCCAAUGAAGUGCCUGUGAGCCACAGCUCACAGUUUUAUUAUCUCUAAUUAAUAGUCAUCUAUAAAGCAAUUUGGUCCAUUGUGCAUACCAAUGUUGUGUCGGAAGAUGACCAAAUUAUUACAGCUUCACCAAGAGUAAUUCAAGAGUUGUGGUAUCUACAUAUAGCUCUGUGCCUCUUGGGUUGCAACAUCUUUUAAAAUCCAUAUAUGAAUAUAUUUAAAAAUUUUAUGUCUUAAUAUAUUUUGAUCUUCUUUGUUUGUUUAGGGCUUGCUAUGGUGUUCUGCGGUUUGUUAUGGAAAGUGGAGCCAAGGGCUGUGAGGUAUAUUUCUGUGAAUGAUUCAAGUUUUUUCUCGGAGUUCAUUAAUGCUAAAGAGUUGUUACAUACUUGUAUUCAGGUAAUUGUCAGUGGAAAACUGAGGGCUCAGAGGGCCAAAUCUAUGAAGUUCAAAGAUGGUUACAUGAUUUCAUCUGGUCAACCCGUCAAGGAAUACAUUGACACUGCCGUGAGACACAUCCUCAUGAGACAGGGAGUACUGGGCAUCAAGGUUAAGAUCAUGCUUGCACAUGACCCACAAGGAAAGAAUGGACCAAAGACUCCUCUUCCAGAUCUUGUCACCAUUCAUCCUCUUAAAGCCGAAGAAGACUUCACCAAUGUGCCUCCACCGGCAAUGGUACCCCCACCAACAACUGAAAUUGAAGUUAUGUAGAGAGUGGCGUGCGUGUUAGUUUUCCUCCCUUUUGUUAUGCCUUUGGGUAUGGGAACUUUCAUCGCUAUGAGGAUUUCACCGUUGUCUUGUUACCUUUCCCCCUUUUUUAAAAGGAGUCUAGUUAUUUUGUUAUUUGAUGAAGUUUUGUUUCAAAUUGAUAAUGAAGAUUUCUGCCUUUGAUUUCAGACAUCAAUAAAUAAUCUCUGUCUGCCACACUGUCCUUUUAAAGAUGUGUCUUUGUGUUUGAUUUCCCUUUGUUUAUACCAUAGGCGUUUUAUGAUUC